UGCCAGAGCCAUUCCCUUCAUGGUUUUAACAGCUGAAUAGCAAGUUAAGUGCUGGAAUUCACAGAAAAGAGGCACCCUCGAAUCACACUAGUCUGCGGGCUUUGACAGCGAGGAAGCCUUUAAAAUACUAGUGAAAAGGCGUCGGACAGUUUUGGCUUCAUUACAGGGAAGAAAAGCCAUCUUCCUUCUUGGGAACUAAAUGGAAAGAUACAGCAGAGACAGUGAUUAUUGGAGGUGGUUGCAUUGGUGUAAGUCUUGCUUACCACCUGGCCAAGGCUGGCAUGAAGGAUGUCAUUCUGCUCGAAAAAUCUGAACUGACGGCUGGAUCUACUUGGCAUGCAGCUGGGUUAACAACUUACUUUCAUCCUGGAAUAAAUCUGAAGAAAAUCCAUUACUACAGCAUCAAACUCUAUGAAAAAUUGGAGGAGGAGACUGGGCAGGCUGUGGGAUUUCAUCAGCCAGGCAGCAUCAGAAUUGCUUCCACCCCUACUAGAGUGGAUGAAUUCAAGUACCAAAUGACGCGAGCUGGUUGGCAUCCAACAGAGCAGUAUCUUAUUGGGCCUGAGAGAAUACAAGAGCUGUUUCCCAUAUUGAACAUGGAGAAGGUUUUAGCUGGCCUGUAUAACCCCGGAGAUGGUCAUAUUGAUCCCUAUUCUCUCACUAUGGCCUUGGCUGCAGGAGCCAGGAAAUAUGGUGCCCUGUUAAAUUACCCAGUCCAAGUGACAAAUCUGAGCCCUAGAUCAGACGGGACCUGGGAAGUUGAAACUCCAAAUGGAAUAAUUAGAACAAACAGAAUUGUGAAUACAGCAGGCUUCUGGGCUCGUGAAAUAGGCAGAAUGAUUGGACUGCACCAUCCCCUCAUACCUGUUCACCAUCAGUAUGUUGUCACAUCAACUAUUCCUGAAGUGAAAGUCCUGAAAACGGAAUUGCCUGUGCUUCGUGACUUAGAAGGAUCAUAUUAUCUAAGACAGGAAAGGGAUGGGCUUUUAUUUGGUCCAUAUGAAAGUCAGGAGAAAAUGAAACUACAGGAGUCCUGGGUAACAAAUGGAGUCCCACCAGGUUUUGGAAAGGAACUUUUUGAGUCUGAUUUAGACAGAAUAAUGGAUCAUAUUGAGGCUGCAAUGACAAUGGUCCCAGUCCUGAAACAAGCAGACAUCAUUAACACAGUUGCUGGUCCUAUCACAUAUUCUCCAGACAUUCUUCCUAUGGUGGGACCGCAUCAAGGUGUCAGGAAUUACUGGGUAGCAAUUGGCUUUGGAUAUGGCAUUAUCCAUGCUGGAGGUGUAGGAAAGUAUCUCAGUGAUUGGAUCCUAGGUGGGGAGCCUCCUUUUGACCUAAUAGAAUUAGAUCCCAAUCGCUAUGGAAAAUGGAUCACCACCCAAUAUACAGCAACAAAAGCAAGAGAGUCUUAUGGAUUUAACAACAUUGUUGGUUAUCCUAAAGAAGAAAGGUUUGCUGGGAGACCUACAGAGAGAGUCAGUGGGCUUUAUGAAGUGCUUAAAUCUAAAUGCUCAAUGGGUUUCCAUGCUGGAUGGGAGCAACCUCAUUGGUUCUACAAACCUGGAGAUGAGAUUGGAUACAAACCCAGUUUUUGGCGCACAAACUGGUUUGAACCUGUGGGUCGUGAAUAUAAGCAGGUUAUGGAAAAAGUUGGUGUGAUUGACCUGACACCAUUUGGCAAGUUUAUUGUCAAAGGGAAUGAUUCGGUUAAACUGUUGGAUCACCUGUUUGCAAAUGUCAUUCCAAAGAUGGGUGCUACAAAUAUAAGUCACAUGUUAACACCGAGAGGCCAAGUCUAUGCUGAGCUAACCGUGUCUCACCUGUCUCCAGGGGAGUUUUUGCUGGUGACUGGUUCUGGGUCAGAGCUCCAUGAUCUGAGAUGGAUAGAAGAGGAGGCACUGAAGGGUGGAUACAAUGUUGAGAUUAAAAAUAUUACAGAUGAGAUGGGAGUACUUGGCAUAGCAGGUCCAUUUGCCCGAAAGGUUCUCCAGAAACUGACCACUGAGGAUCUUAGUGAUUCUGCAUUUAAAUUUCUUCAGUCCAGACAUAUUAAACUUUCUGAUAUUGCUGCUACUGCUAUUAGGAUAUCCUAUACAGGUGAACUGGGUUGGGAACUCUACCAUAGAAAAGAAGAUUCUGCAGCUCUAUACAAUGCCAUCAUGGAAGCAGGCCAGGAAGAAGGAAUCGAUGACUUUGGAACUUAUGCUCUGAAUGCCUUAAGGCUGGAAAAAGCUUUCCGGGCUUGGGGGGCAGAGAUGAACUGUGACACUAAUCCUCUGGAAGCUGGACUGGACUAUUUUAUCAAGUUAAACAAGCCAGCAGACUUCAUAGGAAAGCAAGCACUGAAGCAGAUUAAAGAAAAGGGGCUUAAACGGCGACUGGUGUAUCUCACCUUGGAAACAGCUGACGUUGAUCCAGAGGGAAAUGAAAGUGUGUGGCAUAAUGGCAGAGUUGUUGGCAACACCACAUCUGGAAAUUACAGCUACAGUACCCGGCAGAGUCUGGCUUUUGCAUAUGUCCCCACAGAACUCAGCAAAGUUGGACAGAAGCUGGAAGUUGAACUGCUAGGAAAAAAUUAUUCAGCAACUGUUGUAGAGGAACCACUGGUUCUGACCGAACAAACAAGAACACGCCUUCAGAAAAAGGGUGGGAGUGUCAAGGUGUAAACCCAGAGGGCAGUUACAGUAAAUUCUCCAAUAUCAAUUGGUUUGACUUACAACCAUGAAAUACAAAGGAGUCAAACUACUCUGGUUCCCAAUCAUUAAGGGUGAGAUUCUCAUUUGCCCUAUACAUCCAUGUAGGGGAUUAAGGGGAUUUAAGAUGGCCCCUUGAUUCAUUGAGUGGACUACCCACAUCACUGCUCUGAGCACAGGGGAGGAGAGCAGGCUCCUGUGGACACGUGCUCCCCCAUCCUCCCAAUGCUUGUGGACAGGAAGCGGGUAAAGAAUCAACGGUCAUUACUCAGCUUCUCCACACUCUCGCAAGCAGAACUGAGCUGGUGCAAGGGGGAAGUAGUCUGCUGUUAGUAUGAGCCAACAGCAAAUUAUUUCCCUUCUUUCAGGGUCACUUUUCUUUCCCUGGUAUGCUCCUGGGGCAGUGCAGCUACACAUUGCCCUUUCCCUGUAGUCUUGGCAAAGUCCCAGCCUUGUCCCCAAAGGAAUAGUUACUUAGUUCCACAUGGACACAUUCUGAACAAAACUGAAGUUGCUCUUGAACAUUGGCUUUAGAAAUUAUUUUUUUAAAAUUCAAACUGAGUAGAUAAUAUUUUUUCUCCAGCUGUGUUAUUCUGGAAGAACUUUUGGUGGAAGAUAGAAAUUCAGUCCUUCCUAAUCAAGAAAUUCUAGAAAGGCCACUCUUCCUAUUGAUUGAGUAUUUUGCCAUGGAUCAGCUAGUAGACCAUAUGCAACAUUAUUCAACAUACACAAUAUUACUGCCCAAUUUCUGGACACAAUCAAAACGUACGAACUCUUGCACCAUUUUUUGUUUAGUUCUUCCUUUCUCGGUUAAAAAUUAAGCGAUGGUGACAAUGUGUUGUCAUAUACAAAUAAUAAGUGAACAUAUGUAUUUAAACUGCAGUAUUUCAUUCAGUGUUGUUUUUGAUCAUCUCAAUAAGCAAGAUUUUGGAUACUGUAGGAGAAUAUAAACAUUGGAAAUGUAUUAAAUUAUUAUAAUAAACUUGUUAAUUCCAUAAAA